CCGUCUUUGACACUGACUGUACUUCACCGUCCAAUAUCCUUCUGGAAGAGAAUGUACCUAAAGAAAAGAAGAUACAUCUUUGUGAUCUUAAAGUGUAAUGAUCACAAUGACAUUGCAUUGAGUGUUUACAUCAAGCACAAGAACGAAUUUCCGCCUCGAUUUACAGACCCUUCAUACAUAAUCCCAGUGAAAGAGAAUACUCCGGUUGGUACGGAAGUAUUUCGGGCCUCUGACUUUACCACCGAUAAAGAUUUCCAGCACUUCUACUCUACUCAAUGAAACAACACAACGUCAACUCGUCAGGCGGUCUGAAAGAUAAGUUCAUGAUGAAUGAUUCCGUGAACGGUACAGUCUAUGUUGCUGGCCAUCUCGACUUCGAGCUAGAAAACCAAUAUUUUUACGAUAUAAAAGUUGAGGACGGCAGUUUCAGCCAUACAGCAAAACUUAUCAUUGAUGUUGAAGACGUCGAUGACCUGGGACCUGUUUUCGACCAAAAGAAUAACAGUUUGAGUCUGGAGUUCUCCAAAACGCUCCCAAUCUAUAUCUAUAAAAUCCAAUACAACUAUACGGGUGAAAUCACUGUUAGUCCAGAAGCUGUCAGAGCAGUCGAUGUUGAGAAAGAACAUUAUAAUGUUAAAUAUUCUCUUGAAACUGCAACGCCGUUGAUUCUAGUCAAUUAUUUCGCCAUCGAUAGUGAAACAGGCCAAAUGCGUCUGGAGAAAGAGCUAACGAGGAAUAUAUCGCUUCCUGGUGUUAUUAUUAUCAAGGCUGAAGACGUAUCAUCCUUGAAACAUUCGUCUAUUGCCGUUUUAUUCCUUCUUGCUCAACCCAACCCGAUUUUACCGCCAAAACUGCCAUAUCCGCCACUGAUGCAACCUCGAAAGUUAAUCGCAGCAACCUUUACAGAAGGCAUUUCCCAGGAUGUGUUUAUCGGAAUGAUGACGGUGCUGAUGUUGGCAGUCGGAUCUUUGGUGGUGGCCCUCGCUUACAUUAUAAUAAACUGCAGAAAGUCGAGAAAGGAGCAACAGAGGAGAAUGGAACAUUAUGAUUUUGGCGGAUAUAAAAAUGAAGUGAGGUAACAAGAAAGAGAAAUAAAAU